UUUCCUGCCCGGCGGUGUAUCCUUCCGCGGCGGAGGGCGUACGGCAGCGCCUGUCCGCGGUGUCCCUCCGCCGCCGGGAGCGCAGGGCAGGCGGCGUUUCCCCGGACGGGGCGAAGAGGUCGCGGGUUUCGCGGGGAGAGAGAAGAAACUUCGCACCGUGGUGGCCGGCGCGGCGGUCCGCCUGGCUCGGCAGGCCGGCAGAAAGAGGGCUCCCCGCAGAAAAGAAGGAAACAAGAAGGAAAGGGCGGCGACGACAGCGGCCGCCCCUCGCUGCCGCCCCGCGGGGUCUCCGCGAGGAAGCCCGGGGGACUCUUUCUCGUGGGGCUCGGCGGAGGGAUCUCUGCGCGGCUCUGUCCAUCGCCUCCCCCCUGCACCGCUCGCCCCUCUGCGCCGCCAUCUUGGAUUUUAAUCCGCCAUUUUUUCCUCCCCCCACUCGGAAUUAUUUUUUUUACCACUACCGCUCCUUUAUUUUCCCUCUUCUUAGUUUUCCUCGCCCCUCCGCCCCUCCCUCGCUCACUCUUUUCUCCCCUCCACCUUCCUCCCUGUGUUUUUCCUUCGCUCGCUUCCCUUUGAUGAUUCAUUUUCCCCCGGUGGCGGCUGGGGCAGUGCCGGCGGCGGCGAGGGACCCAGCGCAGAGGCCAGCCGGGAGUAGGAAUUGGAACUGAAAUUAUUCAUCAACUUCUCCAAGAUUUUUGAAAAGUGACUAAAUGCAACUGAGUCAGACUGUCUGUGGGAAUGAAGUGGCUGGGAGAAUCCAAGACCAUGGUGGUGAAUGGCAGAAGAAGUGGAAGCAAGUCGUCUAAUGACCAUGUGCAGAAUCAGACCAAAUUGCAGCAUGCAGGAAAGGAGAAUCCGAAGACGGCCAAAAAUGGAGUUGAGAGAAGAUCAAGCAGAUGUAGCAGUGCUUCAGGAUUUGAGGGUCAAAGUCGUUAUGUGCCUUCUUCUGGAAUGUCUGCCAAGGAGCUGUGCGAAAAUGAUGACCUAGCAACAAGUUUGGUUCUUGAUCCCUAUUUAGGUUUUCAGACACACAAAAUGAAUACUAGAUUUCGACCUAUUAAAGGAAGGCAAGAAGAACUAAAAGAGGUGAUUGAACGUUUUAAGAAAGAUGAGCACUUAGAAAAAGCCUUCAAGUCCUUGACGUCAGGUGACUGGGCCCGGCACUAUUUUCUUAACAAGAACAAAAUGCAGGAAAGGUUGUUCAAGGAACAUGUAUUUAUUUAUUUACGAAUGUUUGCAACUGACAGUGGGUUUGAGAUACUGCCUUGUAAUCGAUAUUCUUCUGAACAAAAUGGAGCCAAAAUUGUUGCAACAAAAGAAUGGAAACGAAAUGAUAAAAUAGAAUUACUUGUGGGCUGUAUUGCUGAACUCUCAGAAAUGGAAGAAAACAUGCUGCUGAGACAUGGGGAAAAUGACUUCAGUGUCAUGUAUUCCACACGGAAAAACUGUGCACAGCUGUGGCUUGGUCCUGCUGCGUUUAUCAAUCACGAUUGCAGACCUAACUGUAAGUUUGUAUCAACGGGCAGAGAUACAGCAUGUGUGAAAGCUCUAAGAGAUAUUGAACCUGGAGAAGAGAUCUCUUGUUACUAUGGAGAUGGUUUUUUUGGAGAAAACAACGAAUACUGCGAAUGUUACACCUGUGAAAGACGUGGAACUGGUGCUUUUAAAUCAAGAGUGGGAUUGCCAGCACCUACUCCUGUGAUUAAUAGUAAAUAUGGACUGAGAGAAACAGACAAACGAUUGAAUAGACUUAAAAAGUUGGGUGACAGCAGCAAAAACUCAGACAGCCAGUCCGUCAGCUCUAACACUGAUGCAGAUACCACUCAGGAAAAAGCUAAUGCAAAUAACAGAAAAUCUUCGAUUGGCGUAAAAAAGAACGGCAAAAACAGAACAUUGAGACAGUCUAUAUCAAGAAUUCCAGUAUCAUCAAAUUCUACCUCAUCUAAACUAACUCAUAUAAAUAAUUCCAGGGUACCAAAGAGACUGAAAAAGCCUGCAAAGCCUUUACUUUCAAAGAUAAAGUUGAGAAAUCAGUGCAAAAGGCCAGAGCAAAAGAAUGCUUCUAGAAAGCUCGAAAUGGGGAAUUUAGUUCUCAAAGAGCCUAAAGUUGUUUUAUAUAAAAACUUGCCCAUUAAAAAGGAUAAAGAAUUGGAGGGAUCAGUUAAAGUUGCCAUCUCCAGUGGAUGCUUGACAAGGCACGCGGCAAGAGAACACAAACUGAAUUCUGUGAAAGGUGCUAAUGAGCAUGGUGACCUGCCACCCUGCACAUACCUAACGAGGAGGUCAGUGAGAACACGGAUGAACUUGAAGGAGACCUCUGACAUAAAGCUUGAACCAAAUACGUUGGACGACUACAAGGGUAACUUGAGCGGAGUGCCGGCGGCUGGCUUGGAGCCGCAGUCCCGCCUGAUGAGCGACGGCAACAUGGCGCACGGGUCGUCCCAUAAAGGGGAGAUGCAGUGUCAGAAAAAUGAUGUCGGUGUCUCAAAAAAGAAAUCCCGACAAGGAAAACUUGUGAAACCAUCUGCAAAAGCAGAGGAAAUGGAUACUAUGCACAACAUGCCUGCAAAGGAUGAAGUACCGGAUCUGGUAAGUUCUCAUUCGGAACUGGGAGAGAGGAACAGCGUGGUAGACACGCCUCCUGUGGGCUAUAAAGACUGUGUCCUGGGGGCUGGGGGCUGCUCUGUUGUAACCUCUGACAAUUUUAAAGCAAAAGACAGCUUUAGAACUGCAAAAAGUAAAAAGAAAAGACGAAUCACGAGGUAUGAUGCACAACUUAUCCUUGAAAAUAGCUCUGGGAUCCCUAAACUGACUCUCCGUAGGCGCCACGAUAGCAGUAGCAAGGCGAACGACCAAGAAAGCGAUGGAAUGAAUUCUUCGAAAAUAAGCAUCAAAUUGAGUAAAGACCACGAAAAAGACAAUAAUUUAUAUGUAGCAAAGCUAAAUAAUGGGUUUAACUCAGGAUCAGGCAAUAGUUCCACAAAAUUAAAAAUCCAGCUAAAACGUGAGGAAGAAAACAGAGGGACGUACCCUGAGGACCUUCACGAAAAUGGUGUGUGUUGUAGUGAAACCCUCUCCCUUUUGGAAUCGAGGAUGGAAGUGGACGAUUAUGGUCGUUAUGAGGAGGAGACGGCGGAUGAGUCUUUGUCAGAAGAGGACGAUGAAGAGGAAGAUGACUAUGAUGAUGAAUUUGAUGACUUUAUUCCUCUUCCUCCGGCGAAGAGAUUAAGGCUUAUUGUUGGCAAGGAUUCAAUAGAUAUUGAUAUUUCUUCCAGGAGGAGAGAAGAUCAGUCUUUAAGGCUCAAUGCAUAAGCUGAUAGGUCUGAAAUGGACCUGGAUGUCCCUUUUUUUUUUUUAAGUAAAAAAAAAACCAACAAAAGAAACCAACAAAAAUUCCAUUUCAUUAUU